AUGGCUUCUUCAAACGUAUGCCUCCGUCGCUCAUCCCAUUCAGUUUCCAAUUCCUUCUCCUCGGAUCGCGCUAGCGAUCACGAUGCCAACAAGUUAGCGUUAAACCUGAGCCUGAACCAGCCGGACGGUUCGGACUCGUUGCACUCGGAACUCGUGCCACCAACUCAGACACCACCUGAGCUGCUGUCGGAACUGAUGCGAACCGCUUUGCUACCGUCCGAAAGAUUUCAAGUUCUUUCAGUGCCAAACGAUGCUCAAAAUCAACAGAAUCGCAAUGAACAUCAAGGUCGAGCUUCACUAUCGGAGAAUAGCCGAGGUGUGCUCGGAAUAAAGUCAAAGUCAAAUUCAAAGUCAAGCCGCCACUCUCAACCACAACAACACCAUUCAAAAGAACCCCUCUCUGUGGUAUGUUUCUCGCCCCUUUUGGGCUACUCGGAUGUUGCGUGUGUGCAGUUAUUGUUGGCCAACAUCAGCAAUCGCCCGUUGCAAUAUCAAAUCAGAAUCCGUAACAGUUCAUCGAUCACUGCAUCCCCCAACGGUUGUGGUUCACUGAAACCGCAUUCGUCGAGCAAAGUCCUGCUCAUUUGGCGCUAUCAGCAAACCGCCGCUUCUUCUGCCCAAAAACCGGCCGAAACCUACGGUGAUCGGAAACACCCUGCGGGAUCCACUGCUCUUGCUGAAACGACUUUUUUGAUGCAAACCCAAUUCACAGACGCACUUCCCGACCCCGAGCUAACCGUACAAAAGAUUGUGGCCCAUGUUAUGCCACACACCCACUGUACAGUGGCCAACCCCCCGGUGGAAUCGUUCUUCUUCGAUACGUCGGAUGUGCAUUCGGGAGUGAGUACAGCCGAAUGGAUCACCCAAAGCCCUCGGAGCGCACUGCAACAUUUGAGUGGAGUCACACAGACGAGUAGUGUGCCGAGGCAAUUGAAGUCUGCGUGGCUGUUGAAGUUGAGUGUGGUGGUUUUGGUGUGUGCGUUGAUUAUAUACUGGGAUAGAUUUGUGAAAUACGAUGGUGAACAGUUGGAGACAGAAACGAACUUAUGA